GUUCACCAAGCUGGCAAGCGUCGGGAUUAUUUUCUAGAGCUGCGUUGUGCGGUAGAGAUGCUUGUGCUGUCAGUUACGAACGACUCUAUUGCUAAGUCUUUAGGAAUUUUUAGAAGGCUACAUGUAGGCCUGGCCGUGUGAUUGUGUGCGGUGCCGCUUGUAGAGCAUGGGGAAAGUCGGUGUGCAAGGGAAACACGGCGGUGCCUAUGCUCUGCCAGUGAGCAUAACCCGAAAGGCCCCUAGCAGCAUUUUGUGCCGAGCCGAGGUGAUAAUGCGCAGACUGCAACGACGGUCCAUGAAUGGUGUAUGCGUGGCUUGGGUGAUUGCUGAAAGAGGAGGACGGAACUGCAGGCGGGAGUCAUCUACAAACAUAAUGCUGUCAAUGUUGUUGUGUUAUGUCUGUUGUGUUCAACUCCCGGUUGGGGCGACUCAUCAGCUAUCGAGAAGCAAUCUUCACCCAAGGUCAGGCCACUGACCCGGCUGACCAUGCAAUUCAACCAUGCAAUCAGCAAUGUUUGCAAUUCUCUUGAAGAAUCUAUUAGGGACGAGUGACUGGGGUUCAGUUGGGCCAGACGAAAAUACUGUUUCUCUUCUCCACCGUCUGUCUUUGUACCAUGCCAGCCACACCGCAACUACCCCCAUCCGAAAGGAGCACGAUUGGCACCGCUUCUGGAGUAGCACCUUCCUCUCCCCUUCUCUCUCUCUCUCUCUCUAUCUCUCUCUCUGAGUCGCCAAUAUGUGAUCGGCUUAUUUCCAAGCAAGGCUUGCCCGGUCAUGCGUAGCAGGGAGAAGCCGACUGCGGCUGAUGAAGUACAAUAAUUUUUUGCGUGACUAAUGCUGGAAUUUAUUGGUGGGACUCCUGUGAUCUCAUCUUGCCUGCAGCUACGGACGGUGCACAUUAUGUAGUGAAAAUGGAGGCAAGGUGUUACUGCUGGUGUUUGAAAUUCGAAAGCAACACCUAAGUAUAUGUAUUACGGUACGAAGAUGAAAGCUCCAAAUGCUUUCGCCCACAAGCUAGCGAGUAUAAAAGCACAAAUCUUCGCUCCACUCCAGCAGAAUAAAGUGGAAGAGAUUCCAAACCAUCAACGCUAGCAAGCCUUUGUUUUGUGGCAUUGGCGAAGUAAUCGUUCGACAGUUCGAAGUUCUUUUUGUUCAAAUCAUGAUGUUCCUUUCCGUGUAUUCGGAUGCGAAGAGGACGGGAGAUGGCCUUUCAGUGUCCUUAUGGCUUGUCACUCUGCUGGCCAUGGCCGGCUGUGUCCGUGCAGCGCCAGGCUGGGUCACCGGUAAUGCCUCCUCGGCCAGCCACCACGCUCACGACUGCGACGAUUCACCAUCAGAAUACCGCGGCUUUGAUUGCAGCUUCAACCACCACGUGGAGACCAGAUGCAAGUAUUACGCACAGGCCAUCAAGUUCAUGGACAGGAGCGAGAGCGAGCGCUACGGCGGCAUCCCGCUGGUGAGUCGCAACGCGUCGACCAUGCCCGGCAGCCUGGGCGACUGCGACAAGCCGUCCUGCACGCCGCUCAACACCACCCAGUACCUGCCCGUGCCGUGCUUCUGCGAGUGCAACACGACUCUCAUACAGCAGCAGUUCCACUACUUCGUGGCCUUCAACCCGACCUGGUGCCAGGACUUCACAUACACCAUGCAGGCCACGCACGCCACCGGCCUGAUCUACGAAGUCACACACCCGCCUACUCUCAUCUCCAAAAUGAGUUACUACACGACGGUGUACGAGUUCUUCCGCGACAACUACGGCAUCGGCAUGAGCCAGGCCAAGCGACCACCGGGUCUCUGGACGCCAGACAAUGCCACCGACCCCCUGCUGCCGCAGGACAACCACUGGAACGACGACAACGUGUUCGGACAGCUUCGCCUGAUGGGAGUCAACCCACUGCAGUUGCAGCGCGUGACCUACAACUGGUCGGUUGGCGUGCACUACCAGCAGUUGCAGGCCAUGCUCAACACCACCCUGGACCUGGCAGUCGCAAUCAAGAUGGCACUCGGAAGAGACGAUCUCACCGUGCCCAAGGCGAUACUGGAGGAGCGACUGUACGUGCUUCACUUCCCACUGCUGAAAGACAUCAGAGGCGAUCCGGAGGCCAAAGGGGCGUACGCCAAUCGGCUGAUGAUGGCGCCGGUGGCGUUGUUCGUGGCGACCGAAAACCCAGCCUACCCACUCAAGCCCAUAGCUAUCCAGCUGGGACACACGCAAGCAUCGCCCAUUCACACUCCGGACUCGGGAUACUUCUGGUGGACGGUCAGCAAGAUGUACGUAAACAACGCCGAUGGUCUGACGUCGCAGAUCCGUCACCACCUGGUCAACUCGCAUCUCAUCUCGGAGGUGUUUGCCGUGGAAGCGUUCAUCCGCCUGCCAUUUUAUCAUCCGAUUUACAUCUUGCUGCAGCAGCACUUUGAGGGCCUUGUCGGUAUCAACAGCAAAGGCUUUGAACUUCUGACCAGCAAGUGCGGCUCUGUGACAAAGGUGGCGGGUUUCGGCUUCUCCGGCCUCGGCGACUUCAUCAAAUCCAGCUACGAGAACUGGACUUGGGACGACACGGAAAUGCUCGGUGGUCUCGAGAGACGUGGCGUGGAGACUUCCGUUCUGAAGCAGUAUCCGUUUCGGGAUGAUGGCCUCAAAGUCUACAGUGUGCUGAGGAAGUUUGUCAAGGCAUACGUGACCAGGUUCUACUGUUCCGAUAAGGCAGUGUAUGAGGAUCGAAACCUUCAGAAGUGGAUACAGAAGGUCAGCAAGAGACACGAGAACAAGGGAGUUCCGUCCUCGUUCAGUGGCAGAGCCGACCUGGUCGACCUGCUGAUCAGGGUGAUAUGGGUGAACUCGGCGCAGCAUGCCGCACUCAACUACCCGGUCAAGGAGAUCGGCUCGUUCAUUCCGGCCACCGCCUACACCGUGUUCAAACGGCCGGAGCAGUGGAGCGAUACCGAGAUCGCCAGCAUCACGUCCAACGAUCACAAUGACGGCCUCGUGGCAAUGUUGCCACAGUAUCAGAUGGCCAUUGAACAGACGGGCGUUGCCACACAGCUCGCCUCGUUGCGGUACACGGACCUCCUGACGUACGCCGACAAGCUGCGGGGACCGGCACACCUCAGGGCCGAGGCCGGCAAGAUCGUGCGCAAGUAUCGGAAAAAGCUGAUGGCCGUGGACGCCAACCUGCGACAGAUAAACAUCGACCGUCGCAGAGCCGGUCUCAUGCCGUACCGCAACAUGUUGCCAACAUUCCUGCCCAACUCCAUAGCAAUUUAAAGCUGGUGCCUUACACGCAACAACGCUAUGGCACAGGCUGACUUCACUGAAAUAUACAUAUAGGUAGCACAAUCCUCUAAAAAAAUUCAUUCAGAUUUCUCCAUUAUUGCUGGCCGGCUAGAAAUCAUUCGCAUGGAAUCAUUGCUAUUUAAAUGCUAUUAUCAUGUAUAAAUUGAAUUUUAAAUUCCCUGUGCAAUGCAUGCUCCCCAGCUAGCCGGUGCUGCUCUCUCGAACGGUGCUUCAUACUGCUGGCUUUCAUGUACAUAGCAAUGUGACUGUACAAAAUACGUGCACGGCGAAUUAUUGUAUUCCCACUAGGAACGAAGUAUGAAUGAGUUAAGGCAUGUUUCUCAGUGCCUGUACCGCCACACGUUCGGCUAUACGUAACAUUACGAUUAUUACAAGCCUGUAUGACAUGGUAUGAAGGAGCGGGCUUACGGCUGUUUCUCCACCAGUAUUUUGCCGUUAUAUGAUUAUGCUCAUCCGCGUUAUCUACGAAUUUCCAUCUUGCAUUUAUUUUCUAAACUUUGGACCGGACCUGAACCAUAUUGCUUGACUUUGUACAUGAUUGUACUCUCAAGCGAGCAAUGGCAGCUUCAUGACUGACCCAUAUGGCAAUGCAGCCUAUCAACCGCAUACUUUCAUCUAAAAUUCAACACAAAAAUAAACUGUU